UUUGUAUUAUACAUACAUAUAUAUAUAUACAUGUGUCCGUGUGUGUAUAGAAUGAUUAACCUUAUAGAGAACAUUAAGCGCUAUCCUUUCUUUACUCCAUGUUAGCGCUAUUUUUUAAACUUCUGUAUUGCAACAUUGUCAGUGUGCACUUUUUAGUUUUGCAUGUUUUAUUAGUGUAGUGAUUUUGAUAUUUAGUAGUUCGUUUUUAUUUUUAAUUUUGAGCUGAUUUAUUUUUUUACAUAUGUAAAUGGAUUUAUCACAAGGCAUUCGAAACCCCCUCAACGGUAUUCAUUUAUUAAAUUAAAUCAAUUGUUAAAAAUGUCUUUUUAAAUGAGAAAUAAAAAUUUGCAUUUUAUAGCUAAAAAUUGUAAAUCUUAAUGUGUCUUAUUAGUUUGGCAAUAUGUAAAAGCAUUCGAAAAUUUCAACAAUUCCAUAAUUUUUAGCUGGGAACAUUCACACUCAACUUAGUGGGUGUGGUAAAAGUGUUCAGAAGUCAAAAACUUCACACACUAUUCAGCUGCUCAAAUUUGCAUUUCAAUGCUUUUCAAAAAUUAAUUUAAAAAAAAUAUCUUAAUACGGAACUUGGGGAGCUAUUAUAGAAAUUCAAAAUUCUAUCAAAUAACUGCUUUGGGUUAAAAUCUGGCUUAUAAUUUCCUAACAUAAAGGUAACAAUGAAUCCAGAUCCAACUAUACGAAAAGUCGUACAAGUGGCGGAGCAAGCACAACAGCCUUUACAUGUGCCCGUGGUCGUCGGCAAUCAAUGUUUUAUAAUCACACAGCAGGAUGUCAGGAGAAUUGAAGAUUCUCGUCUAUAUUCUUACAAUAAAUUGAAUGCGAAGGGCGAAGUGGUCCCAAUGGAUACUAUGGACUCCAAUGUAAGUGGACGUGAUGCUUUUUUAGCCUGUAUCCGUCAGCCAACACAAUUUCAGCAGAACGCGUCUAUUAAUCCAUGUAAUAUAGGAUUUUUGUCGGAUCUAGUCGCACGUGCCUGUAAUAUAACUGCAGCAAUGCAGCAGCAGCAACAGCAACAACAGGGUACACAAAUGGCAAUGACAAUGCCCGAUUUACUGGCAUAUAACCAGGCACAAUGUGUACAAAGUGCAGGCUAUUCACCGGUUGCAGCAACGCUUCAGCAACAAUUGGAUUGGUCGAAAGCUUGCGACACGAUGCCGCCACAAGCUUCCAUGCAUCCACUGCACUAUACUACGGCCACAUCGACAACGGAGAUUGCGCGAACUCAAUGCGUUCCCCAUACACCCUCUACGAAAAACCAUUGUUGCACACGCGGUUGCAAUACCAUGGAUAUUGAUACCAGCUUAUCACCGAAUUCGCAAGCACCCCCCACCACAAGUUCGGCCACUUGUUUGUGCGCACGUCAACAGGCGAAACAACGUAAAAUGACACAAUUUCGACUCUAAUGUCGUAAAUCAGAUUUUUGUAUAAAUAAGUGAAAACUGUUGACGUGUUUUUUUCGUCGUAUGAUCUCAUUUAUGUAACUGUUAAACAUUUUUUAU